GCAGUAGAGCUGGCCCUCGCCACAUCAUUUGACGGAAAAAAAAACCCUAGUCCACAGAUCAUGAUCGUGUCCCCAAACGUAUAACAUAUGGCCUCCGGGUAUAUCCCCCACCAAUUAUGCCCACUUCAAGCCAAAACCCAAACAACGCCCAUGUCAUAUUUCCCUUGCAUAUCCAAUAACCGCCCAAAACGCCAAUGUGAUGAUGCUGUUGAAUCUCCCAGUGAAUCUCUCCUGGCUUCUGCUACAAUCAACUGGCCCACCUCACUCCAACCUCGACACAACUAACAUGUCUGACCCGCGCCGAGUCCUCCUCCUCCGCAUCCUCGUCCAUCAUUUCGAUGUCGUCCACUGCCUGUACCGUCCUCGUCCUCGCAAUCACAAUCAAAUCUCCUUCUCUCGUGAACGAGGCCCCCACCUCAACCGCCUUCUGAAUUGCCCUCCCCGUCGCAAUAAGCACGACAUCAUCCAGUGCAUCUGAUAUUGGCCCGGUUUGGUCUGAUCUCCCAUUCUUCGCACCCAGAGCUGCAACACGUGCUGCCAAGGGCAGACCUUUUGUUGUUCCCUGUUGGUUAUUUCGGGCGCUCUCCAGUGCCUUUCGUACGCGUUUUACAAGUGACAUGUGGGAGGCCGAAGAGGCCACCUUGAUGAUCUGGGUGCGAUUCGCGCGAGGAGGGGGCAGGUAGCCAUCAAUGUCGGGUGUCGUCUGGUUUUGGAAAUUGACAGAGGAUGUGGCCGACUUCAAGGUGCGCCGGUGAGGAGGGAGGGGAAGGGGGCGUUUGCGGAUUCGAGAGCCUGCAUACCCCAAAAGUGUUAGCAGAGUGGGCCAGAUUUGCGGUCGCUCUAGGUGAGGGUAACGAACCAUCUGGAAUGGGUGGGAGCUUGUUUUCGGGUUUGUUUGGCAGCGUAGUUGAUGCGCCCACAGGCUGCUGUGUAGUUGGAGAGGCCAUGGCACUGCGACUGGAGAAGUUGGUGCGUCGCCGGGUAUAUGAUAGCCGCAAAAGAGAGAUCGCCGUUGACUAGAUGGGGGGAAUGGCUUCUUGGAUGGAUAUGCGAUGCGGCCUGUGGGUGCAAGAGUUGGAGCAACAAUAUCUCUGUACGAUGAGGGCUUGGAACCUGUCACAGAGCUCUGCCGGUGUAGUUUGUGCCGGCUAUGCAAAGUGUAGAGAGUGAGUCCCGUCGUCAGAGGUCGGCGUAGUUGAUAGAUGGAUAAUGUCAAAAGUUCAAAGCCGUUAGUGGGACCGUCAACCCCAGAACUGGGCGGGCCAAGGCUGAAGAGCCCCACUGGAGCUUUGACCGCCUGCCGUAUUUGCUGGCUAACAUGGAGCUCCCCGCCAACAAUUGUGACAGCGUCUCAGACAGCAGCGUCAUACCACUUCAGCUUCCAACGGUUUUGUUCUCUUUUGCAUGCAUAUGAUAUCCAUAAUCCAGGCACACCAUCAUUGUUGCUGACAGUCGCCAUACAACCGACAGAGUCUCAAUCGUAAAAUGGAUGCCUACAUCCCGAAUCAAACAUCACGAUAGCCCAGGACGCGUAAACCAUGUCUGUCGAAAUUUGGCCUCGAAUUGCGCCAGAAGAACUUAAGGUCGCCAUUAGGGAAUCUGAAGAACGCGAACUCGGCUGGCUUGUUCAAGAGCUCCACGAAACCCUCACCAACCUCAAGCAUGGCCUCGAAGAUUGCUAUGCGCUCCUUGCGCCCAUCGAUCCCGGAUCUACUCUUGUGUUGAGCACCCCUCGAAAUGAGAUAGUAAAGGGCACCAUCACCCGUGUCGGAACGCGCAUUGUCAAGGGGACCAUCCACCUUCGUCUGCGCACCCUUCCUCAGCAAACGAUAAGCAUCAACCCCGACCAUCCCAUACACCUCGGCCCGCUUACUACCCUCCACACUUUGCUUACCCACUCGAUCGACCUCCUCAACUUGACCCUCAGUUACUCGUACCCAACCGAGUCCUCGCCAACCUUGGACAAGAAUACAUCCUCCCCCCAGUUUCUGUCGGCCCAGCUGCGCCUCCUCUCGCAGUCCUUUACAGAGUCCCUCGCCAUUCUCAAAGGGCCGCCUCUUCUCAACUCGGAUCCCUCUUGGACCUCUCGCUCCGCAGCGCCCUCCCACUUCAUCCCGCCCUUGACCAUCCCCUCCAACAGCUCGCACAACCAGUCCUCCCAUCCUUGCCUGUCCUUCCACCUCACCAUUCAGGACUCAAGUCUGGUCCUCUGGCUCCGAACCCUCGAACCCGCCCACGCCCCUGUACACUUUAGCACUAAGCUUGCCCUCGCCAUUGGCACCGCCCGCCGUCUCGAACACGACGAAGCCGAGCGGGUUUUCGGGUACUGCUGCACAGGUGGCGACUCGACUGGGCUACCGCACAUUCACAAUAGCAACCACGAUCCAAACAUUCCCUUGGCGCCGGUGCUCUCAGGCACCCGAAGAAAAGAGGUCGAGGUGUAUGUGAGGGAAAAGGUCAGGGUCGAGAGUGCGGAUCCCAGUCUCAUGAGUUUGACAGCCAAGCUCACGGCUCUGACGCAUACGCUGAGCUUGGCGAGGAGGAAUCUGGCAGCUGUCAUGGGGGAGGAAAUGGAGGAUUAG